GAAUGGCGUUAUUUUCAAAUCGUUAUUCGUAGUAUAAACUUCGUAAAGGAUAAUAUUUUGAAUCGUUCAAAAUGGCAGACGUAGCAGCACCAGCACCAGCACCAGCUAAAUCACCAAAGAAAAAGGCAGCAGCUAAGCCAAAGAAGCCUUCAGCACAUCCUAAAUACAGCGAGAUGAUUGGGAAAGCCAUCGCUGCUUUGAAAGAACGUGGAGGUUCCUCAAGGCAAGCAAUUUUGAAGUACAUCAUGGCCAACUUCAACGUCGGAAAAGAUGCCAAGUCAGUAAACGCUCAUUUAAAACUUGCACUCAGAGCCGGAGUUAAGAACAACAGUUUGAAGCAGUCCAAGGGAACUGGAGCAUCCGGAUCUUUCAGAAUUGGAGAAGCAAAACAAGCUAAAAAGAAGCCAGCAAAGGCAAAGAAAGCAGCUAAACCUAAGGCUGCCAAGCCAAAGAAGGCAAAGAGCACACCUAAGAAAAAGAAGGCAGCAAAGAAACCAGCUGGAGAGAAAAAGGCAGCCAAGCCUAAAGCUAAGAAACCAGCAGCAAAGAAAGCAGCCAAGCCAAAGAAGGCAGCCAAGUCACCAGCUAAAAAGAAGGCAGCCAAACCAAAAGCCAAGAAGACACCAAAGAAGAAGUAAACUGUUCCAGACUACAGUCUGCAGAGGCUAUUCAGCCACCAAAAGCCCUUUUAAGGGCUACCCAA